UCAAGGGAUAAAACAUACUGGCACUCAUACAUACAGGUAAAAAAAAUAUGUUUCUAUACACUUAAAUCAUGUUUACAAUGCUGAGGAAUCAUGUUCCAGUACACCCAAUGCAACAGGCCAUUUGGCAGCUAUUUCUUAGGUAAUAACUUAUUGUUCUUUUAGUAUACAACAUAAAUUAAUGAACUGAGAGCUGUGUACAGAUGCUUUGUGUUUCUUUUCAGGUAAGCCAUUUGUCUGUAUUGGGUGGCCGAAACCGCGCUGAUGUGUGCCGGCGCAUUUUGAAGCAUUGCAUGUCAAAUGAGGUGGCCAACCAGUACAGCUGGCAUGGGAGGAAGAAAAAGGCAGUAUUUGGAAAACUUCCAUUGGCUGAUGCUGUGCAGAAAGCUGUCAUGCGGUCCUUGAAAUGCACAGCUGCAGAAGUUGAACAUGAGUGCAGGGAAUGGUUUAGAACAGCCUCUGACCGUGACGGUGGAAGAAAAAAGAGGACAGCCAAAAAAAGUGAUGAACCGUCCCAAUGAAUUUUAACUCGUGUGUGUUUUAACUUUUAAUUUAGUCUCCUGCUGCAAUUUGUUAUGAUGUAAAGGUCUCUUUGAACUUGAAAUUAAUGAUUUUACACAACUUUUCUUUUAAUAUGCAUAAUGAUGGAAGCAGUGUAUAUAUUUAUUUUUUUUCCUUUAUUACCUAAAUAGCUGUAACUCUGUGUGUUACUUAGGUAAACGUAACUUUUCAAUAUAUUCUUGUUCUUAUUGUUUUCAUUUGUCAUUUUUGAAGAAAACAAGUUUCAUGUAGUUUGUAUUAAUAUUGAAGACAAUUUUCUCGUAAUAUUUUUUAUUCAAAACUUUCUAGAAAUG